AUGGAGGCCUUUCGCUCCUUCUGGGGCGGCCCCAAGAGCGACGCCGUGCCCUCCGCCUCCGUCCUGGCCGAGUGGAACAAGUACGCCAGCGAUGACGUCGAGGCGGGUCCGUCGCAGGCGGCCGGCGAGACAUCAGGCCUGCUGGACACGGCGGGUGGGCUGGUGAAGAGCUCGUUCGGCGUCGUGUCCAGCAGCUUCAAAUCCGUGGCGGACACCGUCCAGACCGGCGUGCAGAGUGUGCCAACCUCCACGCAGUGGAGCUACUUUGCCAGCUUCAUGGCAGGCGGGGCCUUGUUGCUGGUGAUGUCCUUCACCCUCUUCCUUCCCAUGAUUGCCAUCAGCCCCUCUAGAUUUGCCUUGACCUUCACGCUGGGAUGCCUGUGCGUGAUGGCUGCCUUUGCAGCGCUAAACGGUUGGAAGCAGCAGCUGAAGCACAUGGUGUCCAAAGACAGGAUCGCCUUCAGUGCUGGAUAUGUUGGGAGCAUGCUGGCGACGGGGUAUGCAGCGGUCAUUUUGAAGAGCUACAUCCUUUCGCUUGUGUUCUGUACCGUGCAGGUUGUCGCCUUGGCAUAUUACGUGUUCUCCUACUUCCCGGGCGGCACCGCCGGCGUGCAAUUUGUCUUGCAAAUGUGCUUGAAGGGGUUGAAGAAUUGCUGUGGCAUAUUUUUUUCGCGGGGCAGCUGA